AUGGGGCUAUCAGAGUUUGAAAAGAGGAGGCAGCAAAAUAUUCAAAGGAACCAGGAGCUUUUUAAAAAGCUCAACCUAGAUACACUCUCAUCGGAUUUCCACCGAAGUAUAGGUGAAACGAAGAAUGGGGUAGAAAAACCAAAGAAACGAAAGAUGAGGAAAAGUACAAGGAAGAAGAAAGAGUUGAGACCCGAGCAUCCGUUGAGAAGAUCAGCACGUUUGGCAGGGAUCAAAGCUGAAAGUACAGAUGACAACAAAUUACAAGAACAACUGGAAAAACAGCGUAAGGAGAAAGAAGAAGAGGAAAGACUGAAGUCCAUACGUUUGAGUGGCGAUCUGAUGUUAACGGACGUCUUAAAUUCCAAGGGAAAGGCAGGUGAGGACGCCAAAGAGACACUAGAUAGGCUUUCUAGACUUGGGAAAUCAUUUUCUAUGGGAGAUUUCUUUGAGGCGGUGAAAAGUCGUAAGCAGGGAAGCAAACAGGUCAAGCAGCUCAGAGAGGAGUUUGACUCGAUGAAGCUAUACGAGAGAUUCCAUCCGAAUGACAUCAAAUUGACAGGCCAGCGUAUGACUUAUGUAAUGUUUCAUCCAACCGUAGAUCGGAAGAUUGUCAUGGGUGGUGAUACCAAUGGCUUAAUGGGAAUAUGGUCGCUAGAAGAUGAUACGGAAGAAGAUGGUCCUGCGAUCACACAGUUUAAAUUUCAUGGGAAGAACAUCCCGAAAUUGAUCGUGAGGCCGGAAAUGCCAGGCGAAGUUGUUAGUUGUUCAUAUGACGGAUCCAUUCGAGUGUUGGACAUCGAGAAGAAAAUCUCACAAUCAGUGGUUGAAUUCGAUGAUCAAUGGGGUGACGCAUCUGGAAUAUCUGACAUGAACUUUAUUGACAAGAACGUUUGCUAUUUCACCACAUUGGGGGGAGAGUUCGCCCAAUUCGACCUCAGAGAGAAAAGCAAAAUCGACAGAAAUGCUUUAAAUGUUUUAAGAUUACACGACAAAAAGAUAGGUGGCUUUGCAGUCAAUCCUUCCUUUAACCAGCAAAUUGCAACCGCCUCUUUAGACAGAACAAUGCGAAUUUGGGACCUCCGGACGGUAAAGGAAAGCCAGUGGUCAGAAUUUGAAAACGCCAAAUCUCCACAUUGUAUGGGAGCCUAUCACAGUCGACUCAGUGUUAGUAUUGCAGACUGGAAUUUGUCAAACGACGUUGUCUGCAACAGCUAUGAUAACACGAUACGGAUAUUUCAGCUUGGAAACCAAAUAACAGAUGAUCCUGGAUACAUCUUCAAGCCCAAACUAGAAGACUCUCCGGAAGGGCUGGAAUCUAUUCCAAUCAACUUGAAGCCGACAAAUACUUUGAAACACAACUGCCAAACGGGAAGAUGGGUGUCUAUUCUCAAGGCUAGAUGGCAACAGAAUUCACGAGAUGGUGUUGAGAAAUUUGUUAUUGGAAACAUGAACCGGUUCUUUGAUGUGUUUGACAGAGAUGGAACACAGUUGGCACAUCUCGGUGACGAUUAUAUGACAUCAGUUCCUGCGGUUGCAUCUUUUCAUAGAACCGAGAACUGGAUUGUGGGUGGAAAUGCCAGUGGCAAGGUCUUCCUAUUUAGUUAG